AUGCAGAGAGUCCUGCCAGCGCCACGGCUGCGGCGGGCGCUCUGCUCCCUCCAGGCUGCCAGGUGCAGGAGUUCCUGGGUGCGUUGGCGUCCGGUGCCUGCGGCCACCUCAAGGUGGACCCAGAGCGUCCGCGAGAGGCCGUUCUCCACGGAAGUCCACGAGUUCAAGGCUGAGACCAAGAAGCUUUUGGAUAUUGUAGCCAAGUCCCUUUACACCGACAAGGAGGUGUUCAUUAGAGAACUUAUCUCCAAUGCAUCGGACGCCUGUGAAAAGCUGCGCUUUUUGCAGACAACUCAGGCAGUGAAGGAGGUGAAUGAUGCAGACACCCCGCUUCAAGUCACACUCAGCGUGGACGAGAACGAGAGGAAAUUUGUCAUCGAGGAUUCUGGAAUGGGAAUGACCCACGAUGAGUUGGUCGAGCACCUAGGGACCAUUGCCAAGAGCGGGUCCCUGGACUUUCUUCAGCGUGGAGAGUCUGAUGCUAGCAAGAUCAUCGGCCAGUUUGGUGUCGGCUUUUACUCCACCUUCGUGGUCGCAGACAAGGUGCAGGUGUACACUAUGACAGCCGACAAGGAAAAGGGGUCGAAAGGCUACCUCUGGAGCUCUGACGGCUCCGGUAGCUUCACCAUCGAGGAGGUGGAGGAUGUGCCGCGCGGCACACGCAUCGAGUUGCAUCUGAAGGAUGAUGCCACAGAGUUUGCCUCGCUCGCUAACGUCAAGAAGGCUGCCCAAAAGUUCUCUUCAUACAUUGACUUCCCCAUCUACGUGAAAGAGGAGGGAGAGCCGAAAGCCAUCAACAAGCAGGAGGCGCUGUGGAUGUUGCGCUCCGCCACUGAAGAGCAGCACUUGGAGUUCUUCCGCUUCCUUAGCCACAACUCGUACGGCAAGCCGUUUUACACGCUGAUGUAUCAAACAGAUGCUCCUCUUUCCAUCAAGAGCUGCUUCUACGUCCCGGAUCCUGACAACGCCCCCAGCCGCUUGUUCACUAAAGAUCCUGAGAUUGGCGUGGCGCUGCACUCGCGCCGUGUCAUGGUCAAAAAGCACGCAGACGGGGUGAUUCCCAAAUGGCUGCAUUGGAUGAAGGGGAUCGUGGACUGUGAGGACAUGCCCAUGAACAUCAGCCGGGAGAACAUGCAAGACACCCGCUUGAUGGAAAAGCUCAGCAUGGCCGUGGUGCGCAGAAUCCUUCGAUUCCUGCAGCAGGAGGCGAAGAAGGACCCUGAGAAGUAUCAGCAGUUCUUCAAGGGCUACUCGUACUUCUUGAAGGCUGGAAUCAUCGAGGACAAGGAAGGCAACUUCAGCCGCCAUAAGGACGACCUCCUCAAGCUCCUGAGAUUCGAGUGCUCCAACAAGUCCAAGGGCGAGCUGAUCUCCUUGGAGGAGUAUAUCGACACGGCGAAAGAGGGCCAGCAAAAUAUCUACUACUUCACCUGCCCGGAUCGCCAGACAGCCCUGUCGUCUCCCUACAUGGAGCAGUUCCUUCAGCGACAGCGUAACGUCAUUCUCAUGUUCGAGGACAUUGACGAGUUUGUGGUGAAUGCGAUCGAAGGCUUCAAGGACAAGAAGUUCAUUUCCGUUGACUCGGCGGACAAAAACUUUGAGUUGGACAUUGACCAGCCGGAAGAAGACACCAGCGAGGACACGCGGGUGCUCACCGACAGUGAGCAAACCCAGCUGUCACAGUUCAUCAAGAGCGUUCUGAAGGAGAAGGUGCAGGAGGUGAAAUUCUCGGAUCGGUUGGUGAGCUCCCCGGCCAUCGUGACGAGCGUCAUCACUCCACACAUGCGGAAGAUGAUGAAGAGUCUGAUGGCAGGGAAGGAGAACGAUGGCAUGGGCAACAUCCCCAUGACACUCGAGCUUAGCGCGAAGCACCACAUUGUGACCACGCUCCACACCAUCCUGGAGUCCAAUGAGCCGGUGGCAAGAAUAGCAGUCGAGCAGCUCUAUGACACAGCCUGCAUCGCCGCUGGCACGCUGGAUGACCCCCGGGUGCUGAUGUCGAGGCUGAACAAGGUCUUGGAGAUGUUUGUCUACCAGGGUGCUGGUUAUGACUAUGCAAAGGGAGAAUACCGUGGCGAUCUCGCCUCGCCACCGAAGGUUGAACCAACAGAGGUUGCGAAGGAAACCAAAGUCGAGUCCAAGGACUCCAGAUUCGAGGAGGUGAAACCUGAAGAGAAGCCGCAGACAAAGCGCGCACCUGGCGACACAGAAAGCUAG